AUGGCUGGGAGGCCUGUGCCCCCAGGACGCCAGGAGGAGGAGGCCGCCAAAGAGUCCGGGGCGAAGCUGUCGCUGGUGCGGCCCCCGGGCCACCUGCCCAGCAUCGAUGAGGCCCGGCCCGCAGCCCCGGGCCCCGCCUCCCGCCGCGGCUCCGUGCUGGGCCCGACUUCAUCCUUUUCCCGCCGCAACUCGCUGGCCGGCCCGGGCUUGGGUCCCGGCGGCCGGCGGCCAUCCUGGGGCCCAAUGCCCCCGUUAGGCUCCAGGAUCAGCUUCUCAGGGCUGCUCCUGGCACCUCCUCGGCGGAUGGCGCCCUCGUACCGCACCGAGCCGGCGCCCGGGGAGCGCUGGGAGGCCGGUCGGGCGCAGCAGGCCCUGGAGGAAGCGCUGGCCACCGGACUGCAAGACACGGCCUACCCCGGCCCCAAGGCGGGGGCCCUGGCGCGGGCGCUGUGCGAACGGGUGCACUCGCACCUGCGGGAGCUCGGCCCGCCCCGCUACAAGCUGGUGUGCAGCGUGGUGCUGGGCCAGCGCGCCGGCCAGGGCGUGCACGUGGCCAGCCGGGCGCUCUGGGACGGCGCCCACGACGGCCUGGCCUCCGCCACCUUCACCAACGCCUCGCUCUUCGCAGUAGCCACGGUCCACGGGCUCUACUGCGAGUGA